GUCUCAGAACUUGGCUCGGGGCAGCGACAAUCUUAUCAGGAGCUUUUCUGUUUGGGAUCAGGGGAACGGGUGACUUUCCGAGAAUGAUAAGACGGGACCCAAGUUGUAUAUAAGGGGCAGCUCAUGCUGCUGCUCUGCACCUUCCUCCCGUCUUGCUUCUCCCUGGAGUUGGGACCUGGGAAGAACCAUGAAGUGGCUGCUGCUGCUGGGUCUGGUGGCGCUCUCUGAGUGCAUCAUCUACAAGGUCCCCCUCGUCAGAAAGAAGUCCUUGAGGCGCAACCUGUCCGAGCAUGGCCUGCUGAAGGACUUCCUGAAGAAGCACAACCUCAACCCAGCCAGCAAGUACUUCCCCCAGGCGGAGGCGCCCACCCUGAUAGACGAACAGCCCCUGGAGAACUACCUGGAUGUGGAGUACUUCGGCACUAUCGGCAUCGGAACCCCUGCCCAGAAUUUCACCGUCGUCUUUGACACUGGCUCCUCCAACCUGUGGGUGCCCUCAGUCUACUGCUACAGUCUCGCGUGCAUGGACCACAACCUCUUCAACCCUCAGGAUUCCUCCACAUACCGGGCCACCAGCAAGACAGUCUCCAUCACCUACGGCACCGGCAGCAUGACAGGCAUCCUCGGAUAUGACACUGUCCAGGUUGGAGGCAUCUCAGACACCAAUCAGAUCUUCGGCUUGAGCGAGACCGAACCCGGCUUCUUCCUGUAUUUUGCUCCCUUCGACGGCAUCUUGGGGCUGGCCUACCCCAGCAUUUCCUCCUCCGGGGCCACACCUGUCUUUGACAACAUCUGGAACCAGCGCCUGGUUUCUCAGGACCUCUUCUCUGUCUACCUGAGCGCCGAUGACCAGAGUGGCAGCGUGGUGAUAUUUGGUGGCAUUGACUCUUCUUACUACACUGGAAGUCUGAACUGGGUUCCUGUUUCUGUCGAGGGUUACUGGCAGAUCUCCGUGGACAGCAUCACCAUGAACGGAAAGACCAUCGCUUGCGCUAAGGGCUGCCAAGCCAUUGUUGACACCGGCACCUCUCUGCUGACCGGCCCAACCAGCCCCAUUGCCAACAUCCAGAGCGACAUCGGAGCCAGCGAGAACUCAGACGGCGAGAUGGUGGUCAGCUGCUCAGCCAUCAGCAGCCUGCCCGACAUCGUCUUCACCAUCAACGGAGUCCAGUACCCUUUGCCACCCAGUGCCUACAUCCUGCAGAGCCAGGGCAGCUGCACCAGCGGCUUCCAGGGCAUGGACGUCCCCACCGAAUCUGGAGAGCUUUGGAUCCUGGGUGAUGUCUUCAUCCGCCAGUACUUCACUGUCUUCGACAGGGCAAACAACCAGGUCGGCCUGGCUCCCGUGGCUUAAGCCCAGGUCUUUCCAGCCACCUCCCAGGAAGAUCUGACCUCCGUCCUCUGCCCACUUUAGAUGUAUCUAAUUCUCCUGACUGUCCUUCCCAGGGGAGUGUGGAGGUCUUGGCCCUGUUCCCUGUCUUACCAAUAAUGUAGAAUAAAAACGUAACCUACUGAAACAGGUUUUGUGGA